CGUGCUCAUGCCGCUGCUCGAGGGCCAGCAGCCGGAGCAGGGCACGUGGCACUACCUGCACAUCGACCGCAGUGCCCCUGCGCCAAGGAGCGUGCGCCUCAUCUCGGAUGUGGACGACACGGUGCGCCACACGCACGUCCUCGGCGGCGCGCGGCAGGUCUUCAAGAAUGUAUUCGUGCGGCCAACGCACGAGGUGCAGAUCCCACACGCACGCGAGUGGUACGCCGCGCUCGCCGACGCCGGCGUCGCCGUGCACUACUGCUCCAACGCGCCGAUGGAGCUGCACCUCGUCGUGCGCGGCUAUCUGCACGAUGCCGGGCUGCCACACGGACACCUGGUGCUGAAGCACUACCCCGCCGCGUCGGCCUCGUCGCUCCUCUCCUCCUGGCUGCAGCCGGCUGCUGCUCGCAAGCGCACUGCGCUGCUCGGCAUCCUGGACGACUGGCCUGAAAGCACCUUCUUGCUCGUGUGAGUAGGGGGGGCGAGAGACGAGAAGGCAGCCAGG